UUGGGCAGCAACCUGUCUGAGCUGGACCGCCUGCUGUUGGAACUCAAUGCUGUCCAGCAAAGCACCCCUGCCUUCCCUACAGAAGAAGAAACAGCUCCUCCGCUGCCCGCCAGCAGCGUCAUCCACAGUGUCCAGGAGAACGGAGUCUCCUCUGCAGGCAAGGUUGCUCCACCUGUAUCAGAAAAGCCUAAACGCAGUGCAGCAACUCGGGGAAUAGAGGAUGUACGACCAAGUGUAGAGAGCCUUCUGGAUGAGCUGGAAAGUUCUGUGCCCUCACCCAUUCCCACACCAUUGGCUGUGUCAGAUGAACAAACAGAUGGACAGGAGGAAACACCAGCACAGCAGCAAGCCAGAAUGUCUGCCUCCUCUGCCACACGAGAGCUGGAUGAGCUAAUGGCCUCCCUGUCUGACUUCAAAGUCCAAAGCAAUUCUGGCUCUCAGUUGUCUGUGAAUCAGGAGGCUGUAGACCCUUUAUUGGAAGCUGGUUCCCCAGGAGCCACCCCAUCUAUAAUUCCUAAUAUUGGUUCAGUGGAUACUCUCCUAACCUCUAGUUUCACUACUCCCUCCUGUACCCCUCUUCCACUUGAACUCCAUAUAGAUGAAGAUGGUUGUUCAGCUCCUUCAUCUUCAGCUGGUCCCACAGUAGUCAUUGCAUCAUCCAAGAGUCUUCAGUUCACCCAGAUACAACAGAUAGAUGAUGGUGGAAGUGUCACCUCUGAGAUCUCACAUGUGGAGAGCCUCAGUAUCUCUAGUACCACAAAGCCUCUUAGUCAAACUGAAGGCAACAGCCCUACACAAAUGUCAGUCACCAAAGUCUCUUCUAGUAAAGUCCCAAGUCCACUUGAAAAAAGCCCAGUUACUGUCAGCAACAUUUCUAGUCAUGUUCCCACUGCCAGGGGCCCCAGUCCAGUAGUUGUUUCCAAGAGCCCUAGUCCUGUUACUGUGUCUGUAAACCCCAGUCCCAUUCCUAAAGCCAAGAGUCCUAGUCCAACUGAUCUUAAAUGCUCCAAUCUAAGUCAGUCUGACAAGAACCCAAGCCCUGUCCCUAAAAGUCCAGUUCCUAUAAGCCAUAGUCCAAAAGCAGCACCAAAGACUGCAAGUCCAGUCACAGUUCCGAGGCUUUCAAGUCCAGUUCCAAAAAGUUCGAGUCCAGUGACACUCCCUGAUAUCUAUAGUCCAGUAACCGCCCCAAAGAGUGCUAGUCCAGAAACAGUUCCCAAGUGUGCUAGUCCAGUGUCAGUUCCAAGACUUUCAAGUCCAGCUCCAAAGAUUGCAAAUCCCGUGACAGUCCCUAAUAUCUCUAGCUCAGCAAGCAUACCCAAGAACUCUAGUCCUGAAACACUGCCAAAGGGGGCUGCUAGCCCA